AUGUUUUCUCUCAAUACCUCAGAAGUUGAAAUCUCCACCUUCCUGUUGAUUGGGAUCCCAGGGCUUGAGCAUGUGCCCAUUUGGAUCUCCAUCCCCGUCUGCUUCAUGUACCUCCUGGCCAUCCUGGGCAACUGCACCAUCCUAUUUGCCAUCAAGACAGAGCCUUCCUUGCAUGAGCCCAUGCACUACUUCCUCUCCAUGCUGGCCCUAUCUGACCUGGGCUUGUCUUUCUUCUCUUCUCUUCCGUCCAUGCUGAAGAUCUUCUUGUUCAAUGCCAUGGAGAUUUCUGCUGAUGCAUGUAUUGCCCAGGAAUUUUUCAUCCAUGGAUUCACAGACAUGGAAUCCUCAGUGCUUCUGAUCAUGUCCUUUGAUCGCUUUCUCGCCAUUCGCACCCCCCUGAGGUAUAGCUCCAUUCUUACCAGCUCCAGAGUUUUACAUAUCGGACUGGCAUUUGCUAUCAAAAGCAUUCUACUAGUUCUUCCUCUUCCUUUCACUUUGAAGAGACUCAGGUACUGUAAUAAACGCCUGCUCUCACACUCCUACUGUCUCCACCAGGAUGUCAUGAAACUGGCCUGCUCUGACAAUAGGGUUAACUUUUACUAUGGUCUGUUUGUCGCACUCUGCAUGAUGUCAGACAGUGUGUUCAUCGCGGUUUCCUAUGUCUUCAUCCUGAAGACUGUAUUGGGUAUUGCAUCCCAUGGGGAGCGACUUAAAGCUCUUAAUACCUGUGUGUCCCACAUCUGUGCUGUGCUCAUCUUCUACGUGCCCAUCAUCACCUUGGUUACCAUGCAUCGCUUUGCUAAGCAGAAAUCCCCUUUGGCUAUGAUUCUGAUAGCUGAUGCGUUCUUGUUGGUACCGCCUUUGAUGAAUCCCAUUGUGUAUUGUAUAAAAACUCGUCAGAUUAGAGUAAAAGUCCUGGAAAAACUGAGUCUUAAGUCUAAAUGA